GGGGCGGGUUCUCUAUUCUCUUUCAGUUUCUCUUCGCAUUGCAGGCAGCAGGGUUGACUCCAGUGUCUUCGUAUUGAGUUCAGUUUAUGAAACAGGAAGUGCAGUUGGUGUUGGAUAACGAUUUGCAAUGGCCUUUCCAACGUUCGAGCCCACAACAUCAGAAUCAUACUAUUGUGCACAUUCUCCUUACCUCGGGAUACGAAGCUUGUUCGAGUUAAUAAGACAACUCGAGUUACAAAGACAACUCGAGUUACAAAGACAAAUCGUGUUACAAAGACAACUCGAAAGGAAAAGGCUCUUUGCUGAGUUAUUCGGAAAGGACAGUGUCGACAAUUAUCCACCCUUAAUAUUAAGCAGAAGAGCCCUGCCUGAGGGACGCCAGCUGGGUGACAGUAACAAGACUCUCUCUGUACCCAGUAAGGACACAGGAUGGGGAGAUCCACUGAAUCCAGACAGGAAGCAGAUUAUAAACUCAAGCAAAGGUAAGGCUGAAAUUUGUGGAGGAAUUUGGAAACCUACUCAUCAAAAGGAAGAAAAUUCUGAAAUUUGUGGAGGAAUUUGGAAACCUACUCAUCAAAAGGAAGAAAAUUCUGAAAUUUGUGGAGGAAUUUGGAAACCUACUCAUCAAAAGGAAGAAAAUUCUGAAAUUUGUGGAGGAAUUUGGAAACCUACUCAUCAAAAGGAAGAAAAUUGGGACAGAAACAUCGAGUAUAAUCAGGGGUUUACUGAUCAAGCGGAAGAAAAGAGCCAACAGACAAUAACCAAAAGAAAAUUCACCAAAUUUUCAAUGAAAUCCCAGUUUAAAGAUACCAAUGUGAUAAUAAAUAAACUAAAGGAUUUUUUCUUUCUGAUGAAUGAAAUUACAUGGAUUCUAUGUGUUCUCAUUGCAACUUCACAAGUAGUAGUUGCUGAAACUGCCCUCACAAAGACACUGUCAGUUCCUGUGUCUUCUGAUAUCGAGCUCUGUGGUCUGACAUGUGAGACAAGUGGCAUGUACACCCUGGACCGUGAAUUUGGUGUCCCAAUUCUGGAUUAUUUUUGCCCUGAAAAAUCCAUUAACUUCCAUGACUGGAACAGAGAGCGCCUGCAAGUAAAUGUAUCCACUGGCUGUUGCAUCAUCAAAAAUGCUCUGAAGAGUGAUACUGGUAACUACGAGUUGAUGUUUCAAGGAACAAAAAAGGAAAUUUGGGUCCAGAAAACAUCAUGCUUAGUAAUAGACCCAAUCUCUGCAUGUAUCAUAACCACCGAAUACAGUGAUUCUGGGGAGACAUAUCUGAGAGUUUUCUACAGUGGGGAAGAGGCCACAGUUCUGUGGACAUGGAACGGAGGAGCCCUGCCUGAGAGACACCAGCUGAGUGACAGUAACAAGACUCUCACUGUACCCAGUACUGACACUGGCACAUUCACUGUCCUUGUCUCCAACCCAGUCAGUCACACCAGCACUCACUAUAACCUCACACUCCCAGAAUCGCGUUCCAGGUUGAGAAUUGGACUUUGUGCUGCACUGUCAAUAGUCACUGGUAUGGCUAUCAUAGCUCUCAAGGGCCCGGCAAGGUACAAGUUUGAACGGAUGAAACAGAAUAACACAGCAAAUAAAAAUUCAGCAACGGCUGAUAACCUUGUGAGCCAAGAUUCCUUCAUGGUUUCAGAUGACGUUUCAUUUAAGGAAAAAGCUGAAAUGUGUGUGUGAUUUACCUAGGAGAAGACCUGCUGAUCUCAAUACAUUUGAUUAAUUCUUCAUACCUGCACUGAAGCUUUUCAUAAAUAAUUACUAGAUCAUAUAGGUAACAUAAGUAAGUUCAUAUAAGUGUGUGCCUCUCUGUAUCUUUUUAUUGCCACUCCUAUAAUCACUCAUGUUUAGAGCAUGUUGAACGUGAAUAAGAGAAAUAUAGGACAUCUUCUAGGUUGGGCACUAAUAAGCACAGAGAUGAUAGGAUUAACACUGUAGGAUAGGAGUAAAAUUGGAAUUACUAAUAAGAUUGAAUAGGUGAUUAUAUAUAUAUAUAAUGAUUAGAUAUCUCUUGUGUUUUACUUAUAUUUACUUUCCUACCCUGUUUAUCUGUAUUUACUUAUAUCAGAAUAAAAUUUCUUGAGCAUCA